UCUCUUUGGAUCUGGAGAGGAAAGGAAAGAGACAUGUGGCUGAAUAUGUCAGAAGAUCAAUUCCCAAGACACUAGCCUGUGAAGAUCCUUUGGCUGUGGUGAGGAGUUAUUCUUCAAUCAUCUGCUGGUCAGAAAUUGAGGAGAUGUCUUCAACUUGAAGGAGUUAUCAUCUCUGGACAUUUCACUUUGGAUUCCUGUUUUGACUCUCAGAAACUAUUGUCGACUGAGAGGAGCAGAGCUUUCUGAGGCUGGAACUACCUGCCAAUGGCUAAGUCCACCACACCUGAGCAGCUGGAAUCUGUUCUAGACACCACAGUGCAGAUGAGCGCAAACUCGAGUUUAGAUCCUGUGGCUGAGGCAUAUGGAGAAUUUACCUUAAUCUAUGGGAUAGAGAUCCUCUCUCUGGUCAUUGCCCUGGUUGGGCUGGUGGGGAACAGCAUCGUCCUGUGGCUGCUGGGCUUCCGCACCCGGAGGAGCCCCUUCUCUGUCUACAUCCUCAACCUGGCCGUGGCUGACUCCCUCUUCCUUGGCAGCUACUUUGGGCUCCGCAUGUGGAGAAUUGUUGGCAAUUUAAACUCUCUCUUCCUGAAGCUGCUAUGGCUCUGCCUCCUAGGCCUUCCCUACUCUGUGGGCCUGAGCUUGCUGGCUGCGAUCAGCACUGAGCUGUGUCUCUCUGUGCUCUUCCCCAUCUGUUACACAUGUCACCGGCCCAAGUGCAUGUCUGCGGCUGUGUGCGCCAUCCUCUGGGCUCUGCCAGGCCUGUACUGGGGAGCAUUUGUGGCUCUUUAUUUCCUUAAAAAUGACCACUUCUAUGAUCUCUACUUCCUUCUGCCCUUGGUACAGUACGGGUGGUUCCUCCUCCUGACCUGUGUGCUCUGCGUGUCCUGCCUGACGCUGGUGCUGAGGGUCCAGUGCAGCUCCCAGCGCAGGUGCCCACCCAGGCUCUACCUCCUGGUGCUGCUCACAGUCCUCGUGUUCCUGCUCUGCGGCCUGCCCAGGGGGAUUCUUGAAGCACUUUGGAUUUUUACAGACUUCCCUAUAAUGCCUUAUAGGAUCUCCAGGCUCCUGGCCUGUGUGAACAGCAGCGCAAACCCUUUCAUUUACUUCUUCCUGGGCAGCCAGUGGUGUAGAAGAGGGAGGGAGCCGCUCAGGGUGGUCCUGCAGAGGGCCCUGGGGGAGGAGCAGGUGGGGUCGGGUGGGGGGAGGGAAACUUCCCACCCCAACACUAUGGAUAAAUUAUCCUGAGGAUGAGAACAAGAUGCUCAGACAAGGGAGUCCAUGAGGUGACCUGCCUCCAUCAUUUCUGUGAAUGGGGAAGUUUUGGGGCCUGGAAUGUAGCUGCGGUUUUACUGAGAAUCACGUACCUAAAUAAAAGUUAACCAUGAUAGUC